AUGGCAGUCUCCUUCCAUGUUCGAUCUAACAGCUACCCUUCAAGGCAACACCCUCAAGCAGCUCAUGUCGAUGAGCAGUUGACACGAUUGAGAUCUUCUGAGGCAGCCUCUUCAUCUUCUAUCUGUCAGAGACUUAGUAACCUUCAAGAUUUACAUGAUUCUCUUGAGAAGAUGGUUCGCUUAUCAGUUAACAACCAAACUUUAUCUCAAGAUCAAAUAGAAAAACUUCUUGAUGGAUCACUCAGGAUCUUGGAUUUGUGCAAUGUCGCCAAGGAUGCGUUGUCACAGAUGAAAGAAGGUCUCAUGGAGAUCCAAUCUAUUCUACGAAGAAAGCGUGGAGAUCUGUCUGGAGAGGUCAAGAAAUACCUAGUCUCGAGAAAGAUGCUCAAGAAAUCACUCCAAAAUGUACUCAGGAGUUUAAAGGUUUGCCAAAACAAAGACAACACCAGUGGAUCUUUGGUUGUGUUUGGAGAAGCAGAAGCUGUAACAAUUUCCCUCUUUGAAUCUCUGUUUAGCUUCAUGUCCGGAUCAAAGGCUUGUGGCAAAUGGUCAUUGGUCUCAAAGGUGAUGAGCCAGAACAAAGCUACAUGUGAAGCAGAAGCAAAUGAAUUCACAAGGAUUGAUUCUCAGUUCCAAUCCGAAAAGUCGUUGAAGAUGGAGGAUGUGCAGAUCUUAGAGUCAUGCAUUCAAGAUGUUGAAGAUGGGAUUGAGUCUCUAUCUAAAUCAUUGAUUAAAUACAGAGUCUCUAUUCUUAACAUCUAA